AUGGAUGAAAUUAAAAGAAUGAUUCAACAACUCACUGAUCGUGUCGCUCGCAUCGAGACUCAAAGCCAUGGUGGUGAGAGUUCCGACGGGGAGGGAGACGAAAAUCCCUUUUACAACAACAUGCCGAUGGAAGGUGUGCAAAGGGGACGGGAUCAUUAUGGUCGAAAUUUCGACAUGAAAGUAGAUUUACCUGAGUUCGAGGGAAAGAUGCAACCUGAUGACUUUGUUGAUUGGCUCAAUACUGUUGAGCGUAUAUUUGACUACAAAGAGGUGCCGGACGAGAAGAAAGUUAAGAUCGUAGCCAUUAAAUUGAAGAGGAAUGCCUCUGCAUGGUGGGAGCAGCUAAAGACUCGGCGUGAUCGUACCGGAAAAUCCAAAAUUAAAAGCUGGGAGAAAAUGAAGAAAGAGCUAAGGAGAAAAUUUUUGCCAGAAAACUACCUUCAAGCAAACUUCCUGAAACUUCAUAAUGUGCGACAGGGAAAUCGGACUAUUGAGGAAUAUACUGAAGAAUUCGAUCUCUUAACCAUGAGGUGUGGACUCGUCGAAGAAGAAGAACACACAGUUGCACGUUAUCUUGGAGGGAUGCGUAGAGAACUUCAUGAUGUGGUGGUCUUACAGCAAUACUGGAGUUAUGAUGAUGUCUUCAAGUUAGCCAUACAAGUAGAGAAACAGAUGAAGACACGGUCACGGCGUGUUGGAAUAGAGGGUUCUGAGCACAAAAAUUCUUGGAUGACUAAAGGCUCAUCAAAUUCUGAGCCAGGGAAGCAUGAAGCACCUAAGACCAAUGCACCAGAGAAGUUUACUGCCAGCAAACCAAAAGGGAUCAAGUGUUUCAAAUGUUCUGGCAUAGGACAUAUUGCUUCUGAAUGUCCUAACCGAAAAAUUGUAAGUUUGGUUGAGGAAUUGGGCGAAUCUAGUGGUAUGUCAAAAGAUAUGCUACCUAUAUUUGAUAAUUAUGGGGACAAUGAAGAAGAAGAGAUCACAUGGAGUGACCAUGGAGAGUCCUUGGUGAUUCGAAGGAUAAUGAAUGCUGCCAAGGUGGAGGAGACCUCAGAUUGGCUUCGGAAUAAUAUAUUCCAUACCAAGUGUACCUCUCAUGGAAAGGUAUGUAGUGUUAUUAUUGAUAGUGGUAGUUGUGAAAACAUUGUUUCACAGGAGAUGGUUGAUAAACUGAAUUUGAAGACUGAAAAGAAGCCAGUCUCGUACAAGCUGUCUUGGGUCAAAAAAGGGAAUGAAGUCGUGGUGAAUCAACGCUGCCUAGUGACAUUCUCCAUUGGGCAAAAGUAUCAGGAUUCUCAAUGGUGUGAUGUAAUUCCAAUGGAUGCGUGCCACAUACUAUUGGGGAGACCUUGGCAAUUUGAUCGCCAGGCCACACAUGACGGAUACAAAAAUACAUAUACCUUCAUCAAAGAUGGUACGAAGGUUAUUUUAGGCCCCUCCCAAUCCGAAUUUAAUGUCAAAUCCACGAAAAUUGGUGCUGGAAGCUUUCUAACCAAAGGAGAAUUCCUAAAAGAAGCGGAGGAGAGUGGCGAUAUGUACAUGUUGAUGGUGAAAGAGUCAAAUCCAGAUGUUCUUAAUUUUCCUAAAGAAUUAACACCUCUCUUGCAGGAAUUCAAUGAUGUUAUUCCUGAAGAAUUACCCGCGGGGCUACCUCCUAUGCGAGAUAUCCAGCAUUGCAUAGAUUUGAUUCCAGGUUCAACUCUCCCAAAUAAAGCUCAUUAUCGGAUGAGCCCAUUAGAGUACGAGGAGCUAAAUAGGCAAGUGACAGAAUUGUUGAAGAAAGGGGUUAUCCGAGAGAGCAUGAGCCCGUGUGCAGUACCUGCAUUGCUUGCACCCAAAAAAGAUGGGACUUGGCGUAUGUGCGUCGACAGUCGGGCAAUAAAUAAGAUCACCGUGAAGUACAGAUUUCCAAUUCCUCGUCUCGAUGAUAUGUUGGAUCACUUGUCGGGAGCAAAAAUAUUUUCGAAAAUAGACUUAAGGAGUGGAUACCACCAAAUACGAAUGAGGCCCGGUGACGAAUGGAAGACAGCCUUUAAAACUCGGGAUGGCUUAUUUGAAUGGUUGGUGAUGCCAUUCGGAUUGACAAAUGCUCCCAGCACAUUUAUGAGACUCAUGAACCAGGUAUUUCGUCCUUUUAUUGGAAAGUUUGUAGUUGUUUACUUUGACGAUAUUCUGGUUUAUAGUCAUAAUGUUGUUCAACACAUGGAGCACUUGAGACAAAUCUUUGAAGUUUUACGGGAGCAGCAACUCUUUGCCAAUUUGAAGAAGUGUGAAUUUUUGACAGAUAGCUUAAUUUUUCUUGGGUAUGUGAUAUCAUCAGAAG